AUGGCGCAAGCAUUAACUUCGAUGGCUGGCUUACGUUCCACAUCUCAGGGCGUCCUUGAAGGAAGUGGCUCAAACCGUUUGAACAUCUCUAGAGUCACGGUUGGGUCUCAGAGAGCCGGACUUGUGGUAAGGGCUCAGCAGAACGAUUCUGUGCCGGAAAGCAGUCGCCGAUCGGUGAUUGGGCUCGUGGCCGCUGGUUUAGCCGGUGGUUCGUUCGUCAAGUCUGUCUUCGCCGAAGCUCUUUCCAUUAAAGUGGGCCCUCCUCCAGCUCCUUCCGGUGGUCUCCCUGGAACAGAUAACUCAGACCAAGCAAGAGACUUUUCAUUGGCAUUGAAAGACAGAUUUUACUUGCAGCCAUUGUCACCAACAGAAGCUGCAGCUAGAGCUAAAGAAUCUGCUAAAGAGAUCAUUAACGUUAAGUCACUGAUCGACAAAAAAGCUUGGCCUUACGUCCAGAACGAUCUCCGUUUGAGAGCAUCCUACCUCCGUUACGAUCUCAACACCGUUAUCUCCGCUAAGCCUAAGGGAGAAAAACAGAGCCUCAAAGAACUCACCGGCAAGCUCUUCGAAACCAUUGACAACCUGGACUAUGCGGCGAGGUCAAAGAGCAGCACGGAUGCUGAGAAGUAUUACUCAGAGACUGUCUCGAGUUUGAACAAUGUUCUUGCCAAGCUUGGUUAA